UUACUAUUGGCUCUGGCGAGGUCACGUGACUUACUACAGCCAUACUACCAUGUGAUUUUUAGUUGGAAUUUCGGAGUUGUUAUUCUCAGUCGUAUUCUAAUAUUUGUGCUACACGAUUUAUAAGUUAAAUUAUUUUAAAAUGUCUAGUGGAACAUUAGUUUGUGUCAUUUGCAAAAAAGACGAUGAUAAAGUGAUUGCGUUUGUAGAGAAAACUUUAAAAAAAAGUCACGAAGUAUUAGAGAUCCGUAAACAUCAUGGAUUAAAAUAUAAUAAUAUUGUUUUGCCAGUGAUUCCUAACCUUACAGACGGUUAUCAUACAAAUUGUUAUAAGAAGGUUAUAAGAAGGUUUCAAAAAUUUUGUGUAACUUACAAAGCUAACACUGAAGAUGAACCUUUCAAAAAAUCUUUAAAAAAUUGUGAUCCCUCUACUUUACCUCCGUGCAAAGCUGAAUUACAACAACAUCUUUUAAGAACGCAAUAUAUAACGAGUAUUUGGAGAAAUGCAUAUUUGCGAUUCCCCAGCAGUUUGACACCGAAUAGAAACGGAUGGACACUUCAUGAGGAUACGCUACAUUUCCACUGGUUCGACGGAGAUUGUAUGCCGCAAUCACUAUUCGACGCUAUUGUUCAUGAAAACAAUAAACAAAAUAAUAUUGGAAAUGAUACUACAGAUAAUGCAGGGGUAUCCGAAUUAGACACAGAUGAAUCUGAAGUUGAUUCUGAUAGCUCUGAUGAAGGAGCAUCUACAGAAGAAGAAUGACAAUUUCUUUCUGAUAUGACAGGGAAUUAAUUACAUUGAUAUUUGUAUACUCAUAAUAAUUCUGCAGCUGUAUUAUUAGUAUAUAAUUUUUCUAUUUCAAUAAAUCUGAUUUUGUAAUUUUAUAUUUUUGUAAUCAUUACUUUAUAAGAUCACCUGGCAGGUAAAAAGUCCCACCGAAAUGAUCUGUCUUUUUGAGAGUCUUAUUUUUUAGUUAUAAAUAAUACUCUAUUAAAAUUUCAAGUUGCCUCAAAUACAUUUUUUAUAU